AUGGCCAAUGUCACCUUUGUAACAGUAUUUUUUCUUCUGGGGUUUUCUGAAGUCUGGGAGUUCCAGAUUGUACACGGUGUGCUCUUCCUAGUGGUUUACCUGGCUGUCCUAAUGAGUAACCUUCUGAUCAUCACUCUCAUCACCCUAGACCUGCAGCUACAAACACCCAUGUACUUCUUCCUGAAGAAUUUGUCCUUACUGGAUGUCUUCCUCGUGUCUGUUCCAAUCCCAAAAUUCAUUGUCAACAACCUAACUCACAACAAUUCAAUUUCCAUUUUAGGAUGUGCUUCCCAAGUACUCUUAAUGGCUUCCUUUUCAGCAGGUGAGAUAUUUGUGCUCACUGCCAUGUCCUAUGACCGCUAUGUGGCAAUUUGCUGUCCCCUGCACUAUGAGGUCCUCAUGAGUGGUGGCACCUGUGCCCUGAUGGCUGCUGUUUCCUGGGCCAUUGGGGGAUUAUUUGGAGCUGUGUACACAGCUGGCACAUUUUCCAUGCCCUUCUGUGGCUCCAAUGUGAUUCCACAGUUUUUCUGUGAAGUCUCCUCAUUACUAAGGAUAUCCUGCUCUGAAACACCAAUGAUAGUUUAUGUGAGUAUUGGACUAGGUAUGUGUUCAGGCAUGUCUUGUUUUAUCUGUAUCAUGAUCUCUUACAUUUAUAUUUUCUCCACGGUGCUGAAGAUUCCUACCACGAAAGGUCAGUCUAGAGCUUUCUCCACAUGCCUUCCCCAUCUCAUUGUUGUCACCCUUUUUAUUAUAACUGCCUGUUUUGUUUAUCUCAAACCACCUUCAAACUCACCAUCAGUUACUGAGAGGCUGCUUUCUGUGGUCUACACUGUGGUACCUCCAACAGUGAACCCUGUAAUCUACAGCCUCAGGAACAAGGACAUGAAGCAGGCUCUGCUGGGAUUGCUGCCUAAGACACCUGGCCAAGACUCUCACUUCAUGUAA